AUGGAGUCUAUGGAGCAACCGCCGGAGCGACAGAUCGAGGCGGAUUCGCUCGAUAGCUCAGAUUCGGCACUGGGUAGCGAGACGGACACGGUGUACACGGCGAGUAUACGGUCAGGAUUCCUGCAGAGCAUGAGAGAGAAUGGACGAGGGUACCACCGAUACCGAGACGGGAUAUACAUUCUACCCGACGACGAACGAGAGCAAGAACGGCUCGACAUGCAACAUACGAUGUUCCUGCGGUCUUUCGGGAACAGACUAUAUCUCGCUCCCGUCCAGAGGCAAAUCAAAGAAGCACUAGACCUAGGAACAGCAACGGGCAUCUGGGCGAUUGAUUUCGCGGACGAGCAUCCCGAGGCGAAUAUUCUCGGAGUGGACCUUUCGCCUAUUCAGCCAACUUGGGUCCCGCCGAAUUGUAAAUUCGAGUUGGAUGAUUUCGAUGGGGAGUGGACGUACGAUAAGAAGUUUGAUCUUAUCCAUGGUCGGAUGAUGAUUACGUCUUCUGCGAAUUUCCCGCGGUUGUUUCAGCAGUCUUUUGAUUUUCUGCAGCCCGGUGGAUAUCUUGAGCUGCAGGAUGUUGUGAUGCCGUUGGGAUGUGACGAUGGGACGAUGGAGGGGACGGCGAUUGGAGAGUGGAAUAGGAAGUUUGUCGAUGCGUCGAGACAACGAGGAAGGGAUACGGAGGGGGCGGCGAGAUAUAAGGGGUGGUUGAUUGAAGCUGGGUUUGAGAAUGUUGUGGAAAGAACGUUCAAGUGGCCCAUCAAUUCCUGGGCGAAAGAUCCGGAGCUGAAGUUUGUUGGUAGGUGGAAUGAGGUGAACAUGUUGGACGGGUUGGAGGGCUUUUGCGUGAGACUGUUCUCUUCGACGUUGGGCAUGACGAUGGAGGAGAUUCAGAUGUUUCUCAUCGAUGUGAGGAGGGAUAUCCAGAAUCGAAAGAUUCAUGUUUAUUGGCAGAUGUACGUUGUCUAUGGCCAGAAGCCCACACACGCCACCUUAUAG